AUGCCAUCCAAAACCUCUUCUCAUCCCCGCCGUCGUCAGGGCAGUCCCUCAACCACUGCUGCCCUGAUCGACUCCUUUGCUGGCCUGUCUAUCCAAAAAGGAACCACUUUCCACUCUCCAUCUUCAAACAAAUCAGAACUCUUCAACCCUCUCGACGCUGUCGCUCGGUCUAUGACGACUCGUUCUGUUACAAGUCCCAAAGCCCUUGAAGACUUGCUUAUCGGUGCUGGCGAACGCAGAGCUGCAGACCUUCUUGCCAAAGUCGAUCAAGCCAUCGCCGACAACAAUUCUGCCGCUGCUCUUGGAAAGCUUCUUGCCGAGCCUGAAGCCUUGCCUCACCCUCGUUGUGUUCUAGACAACUCUGGUCUUGAAGGCAUCGCCCAAGAACGUCGUGAUAGUCCCAACAAUGCUUAUGACAGUGGUCUGGGUUCUAGCAUUGCCGAUUCUGACGAAUUCGACACCAAGAAGACCAAGGCUUCGACCAAAGGUAAUAUUCACUUACUUCCUAUUGUUGAUAAUUUAGGCAGCGCUAAUUAUUGUCUAUUGUCAGGCUCCGCAUUGAAGAGAUCUCCCUCUUCAGCCUCAAGCUCGUACGCUGACGAACACCUCAGCGAGUUCGCAUGCGAGCAGAUCCACAACUUCAUCGUCAAGCCUAUCCUCAAGCAACAAGCUCUUAAGGACUUCCAUCCCCUUGUCAGAGGUGUUCCUCGACGCAUCGCCUCUCGCCAAAUCACCACCCUUCGUGACCUCGAAAAGACUUUGGUUUUCUUGGCUCCUGUAAGUAUCUACUGCGGACUUUCUGCCCGCUCAGUUGCUUAUUUUCGUUCUCUUUCUCAGGAUUACUCUCGUACUCCUUCUGAUUAUCUCAACUUUUGCGAAACCUACAUCGACUGUCUUCACGCUACUGUCGACAUCGUCCACGAGUCAGACCACUGCUCACCUUCAGAUCGUCCAUACACCAGCAACUACUUCAUCGACUUGGUCGGCCAAAUCCGCAGAUACGCACAGAUCGUUGCAUCAACUCGCGCAAAGAAAGAACGUGGAGAAGAGCUCGACGAGAUGGAUGUUACUCCUGAUGAACGCCUGCAACUGCGGGGCGGCCACCUCAGGGGAGGUGCAGCCGACAGUGUGACUCACAACACACCUCUCCAACUCGUCCGCCACAAAGCAGGCAAAGACAUUUCUCUGCUCGAUGGCUCCGUCCUUUCUUCUGUUGCAGACCACUCCAUGUCUUCAUCGAAGCGUCCCAUCAUGGCCGACUCUUUGAAUGAUGACGUGGAGAGGUCCAUGGCACGUCGUAGAAAGGGCGAGCCUAUCAAGACGUACGACUGCGGCUUUGACGGAUGUGACAAGAUCUUCCGCCGUCCUUGCGACCGUACCAAACACAUGAAGAGUCACGAACGUCCUUGGAAGUGUCCUCACACUGACUGCAAGUAUCACGAGGAGGGCUGGCCCACCGAGAAAGAGUGUGAACGCCAUGUCAACGACAAGCAUGCCGAGUCUCCAAUCAUGUAUGCUUGUUACUGGUCCACUGUAAACAACUGCCCUUACCAGUCGAAGCGCCUCAGUAACUGCAAGUCACAUAUGGAGAAAGCCCAUGGCUGGGUAUACAUUCGUUCAAAGACAACGGUGAAGAACGGCAAGACCAAGGUGAAGCCUGAUCAGAAAGAGCCUAUCCAGCAACCCAUCAAACUGGUUGGAAGUGUCGCUGCAAGCGCAGCCACCCCAUCAACCUCGUCGGCCUCUGCAUCCACAUCCACAACCCCCUUCAUGCAGACAGAGCAGUACCCUCCAGUGAGUGACCUGUCCACCACCUUGACUUCUCCUCAAGAAUUCUCGGUGCCCUCCAUCGGC